UAAACCGGCUAUCGUGUGCAUCAGAAUGACAACAUGCUUCACAUCUUAAUAGCCACUCUCAUGCCACAGCUGUUUCCACCUCAUUUAACCCGUAUGUGUGUGUGUGUGUGUGUGUGUGUGUGUUUGUCAGCGUGACAGUUAUCGGGGCUGAUGGGUGGAAGCUGCCCCGAGGGUCAGUACCGGGAUCUUUUGGUCAAAACAUGUAUCCACUGUCAGGUGGCCUGCCAGUGGACACAAGUCCCCACCAGAUGCAUCAGUUACUGUGCGUCUGCUCACUGCAAGAAACUGCCUGGCCACUACUACGACCGGCUGCUCAAGCAAUGUAUAAAGUGCGCUGAAAUCUGUGGCAGACAUCCACCACAGUGCUCGCAGCACUGCCUCACUACAUCACCGCUCGGGACCUCAAAAACACUUAAGGUGACCUCACGCCUGCGGCGCCCCGGGGACCUCUCACCUCCCGUCUCCCUGGACGAAACCACCACCGUCUUGCUCUACUCCCUGCUGGCUCUGUGUUUGCUGCUGCUCUUUUCCAGCUUUUCUUUGGCCUUGACGGUCUUCCUGAGGAGGUCCAGAGGCAAGACGGCCACUCUCGCAGCCAAGGCGACGACGCACAAGCGAGAGCGAGCGGUCCUUCCUGGAGAGGAGGUCGGCGUGCCACAGAGACAGCCGGCACUAACCUCUAAAGAUUGUUUGACGACUUCAAGGCAUCCAACCGAGCAACGGGCGGCGUUGGAUAAAUCCAGCCCGACAGAGACGUGCGUGUGUGUCCACUGCUUCCCAGACCUGAGAGACAACGACAGGCCACCGAAGGUGUCAUCCGCUCUCCACCAGCCCGCUGCACUUCCUCAAGCGAUCCAGGACGACAGGCCUCUCUGGACCGACGGUGGCCUUCACACGUCUGGAUUUCGGGGGGCGUGCAACACUGGCUUGACGUCCAUUUGUUGCCUUUCGGAUCAAAGUGCCUCACAGGGAAACUAGAGUGCAUAAAGAUGCUUCCAACACACCAGAGAGUGUCAUCCUGCAGUUGUCUUGCAGCUGAUCCUGAAACUUUGGGAGUUUAAAUGAGGUGCGUCGCCUUUAAUUGUAACUCCACCAUUAACCUCUCAAUGAGCGGCAACAGCAGGAAUCCAUCAAUGUCUAUAAUUAUGAGAAAGGCUUUUAAGAACAAACAAACAAAUGAGACAAAAGCAGACAGGGACGUUGUGAGAAAUGAGCUGAUGAAGGGUUUGUUUGUGCAGUCCAGUCUCAUACUCGUCAUUAUCCAAAAAGGAACACAGUGGAAUGGAAACAACAACAACACACGUCGGACGAUGUGUUUCUCAGUUAUAACUCCACCUACAUGCAAACAUGCAGAGCCUGAACGGCCAAUCACCAACUACCUCACAAGACCAUCACAUCGUCAUCGUCAGACACGUCGUUUUCCACCGAAGCAAAAGAAAACACACCACAAACACAAAUAUAUCUCAAGUGCAAACUGAAUUAAAACUCUUGGCGACAAAGAAAUACUUGAGAACUUUAUAUUAUUACCUGUCAAUUUCAGUGAUGCACAUCAAGUCACGUACUCGGAAUCCCCACUGGGGGGCGCCAAAAUGUUUAAGGUCUACUUAAUCAUUUAUCAGGGCUUCAACUUUCUUGCACAUGUACAGCUGAGGACGAAAGUAUUAGCUCCCAGAGUAAAGACUUUCAAACAUAAGCACACAUGUCUCUGUGGCCACAGAGCUCUAGUUUUGCCUCAUCUGAGCAAAGGACCAUCCAUCCAGUGUGCAUACUCCUUCUCCAGGUUACUGGAGAUUUUAUACUAUGUGUAAAAUUGGGAGACUAACUUGAUUUUAAAAGUUAAGAGCAUGACAAAGUGAAGCACAUCAGUGCACACAACAGUAGUGUGUGCUAUGGCUCAAGAAAAAGGGGUCAGUUCUUUGUUUUUGUGGAAUAAUUUCAUUUCUGUGUGCAAAGUCAAAUAACAGUUAAAAGUAGGAUGUUUAACAGUACUUGGGAAAUACUUAUAAUAACAAUGUCGUCCUCAGGUGUACAUAUAUAUAUAUAUAUUAUAUAUAUA